AAGUCCAUGCAGGCAUGUGCAGAAAGAAGCAGGCUGUGCCGAUUAAGUGUGGCUGGACUGCGGUGCGACCUCUAUACAGCUGAUCAUCCUACCUAAUACACACGAUAAUAAAAGUUUUUCUGAAAUGGAUCCCAAAAAGUCGAGUUUCUUGAUCCAAUUCUUUUGUAUAAUACUUCGAUAUUCCAUUGACACAGUAUUCCCUACCCAAUGGCUUCGCAUGCAACCAGCACUAUUCAGGAUAUUUUUGUGAAGGCCAAAUCCGAGUUCCUGGGUGAAUUAAAGGACAAGAAAAAUAAAUCCGAACUUCAGAAGGCAUGUACAGUUGAUGACAUCUGGGCUUAUACAGCCAAGCUCCAGGUAGAACAGGGACACGAGCGACGCCUUCGUGGACUCCAAAAGAUCCAACCGUAUCUCGAGCGGCUUCAAGAAUACGCUGGUGUUAUUGAAGUGUUCGUUCAAGUCAAACCCGAUAUCUUGGCGCUCAUUUGGGGGUCAAUAAAAAUCCUUCUUCAAUCGUCGAGCAAUGUCACAAAGUGUUUCGAUGCUAUUUUGGACGUGAUGAAAUGCCUUGGACCCGCCCUCCCUACUUUUAAUAAAUUUACACCGCUAUUAAACGCCAACGAACGUAUUGGCUAUGUACUCGGCCUUUUCUUUAAAGAUAUUCUCGAUUUUUAUUUGACGGCCUUAAAUUUCUUCAGCUUGAAAGGUAAUUCAAUACAGGGAAUUGAAUAGAAGGCUAUGCUAAUAUGAUCAGGCUGGCAAGUUGCGUUCGA